UCCGGCCCGCGGCGCGCGCGAGCGCCCCCUGAGGAGGACGGCCCCCGCCCCGGGACCCCACCGGACCACCACCUUCAACUCAGCUCAAGGACAGGAGAGAGCGAGAGCACUGACCGGGGAGAUCCUGGUGCUGAAGAGCAGCAGUCCGAGAAAGCGGAGAUGUCCACGUUACCAAGGAGAGCGAAACUCAAGGCCCAGGCUGCCUUGCCCAAAGAUGAGAUGCCGUCCUUCCUGCAGUCGUCGUCGGAGUCCGACGGAGACGACGCGGAGGACGGGGCCUGGGUGCCCCCCGAGAAGGCCGCCCCCAGCCGCAAGGCGCCCCAGCCCCGGUUGCCCAGGCCAAGGAAGGCCCCAGCUGCGCGGAGGGCGGCCCAGCCGGCGGCUAAGCGGCCGCGGAAGAUGGCCAUCAAGGAGGAGCCUCUGGAUCCCUCUUGGACCACUGCCGGUGAAGAUCUGGGGGAGAACCCUCAAAGGGCCACUGCCGCCCAGAAACGGAAAACCCCAGGCAGCCGGCCCCCGGCCCAGCGCUCCAAGAAACUGAAAAUGGAUGAGGAGGUCAGCGGGAUGGCCAGCGGGCCCCUGUCCGCCAGCUGCCCGGGCCCGGAGGGAGCCCCAGUGAAGAAGGAAGAACCCGAAGAGGACUUUACGUUCGACGCCCCCGCCCCGAAGAAGAUCAAGACCGCGGCGUGUCCUCAGGGUCAGCCCGUCCGGCCGCCCGGAGAGACCGGCCGGGUGGCGGAGGAAGUGGAGAUGAACUGGGACCUGGUGCAGGUUCUGUCGGAGAGGACCACCGUCGAACCGUGGGUGUGUGCCAACAUCAUCCGCCUCUUCAACGAUGACAACACGAUACCUUUCAUCGCCCGCUACCGCAAGGAGCUCAUCGAUAACCUGGACGCCGACGCCUUGCGGGAAGUGCAGCAGGCCCUGGAGGAGUUGCGGACUGUUGGAAGGAAGGCCCACGCCGUCAUCCAGAAGAUCAGGAAGGAAGGAAAUCUUUCAAGCUGCCUGUUAACGGCCUUGCUGAACUGUAGGACCUUGGAAGAGUUGGACCAUGUGGCCACCCCCUACAAGUCCGGAAGCAAGGGCACCAAGGCCCAGAGAGCCAAGCAGCUGGGGCUGGAAGGGCCCGCCAAGACCCUCCUUGAAGCCCCCGACACCCUGAACCUUCACUCCUUCAUUCGACCCGACGUCAAAGGGCUCAGCACCCUCAAGGAGAUCGAGGCGGGCGUGCAGCACAUCUUAGCAGACAUGUUCGCGAAGGAUAAAGACACGCUGGACUUCAUCAGGAGACUGUGCCUGCAGCGGUACAUCUGUAUCCAGUCCGCCCUGGCCAAGAUGUCCAAGAACGUGAACGAGAACGACAUCAACAAGUUCCACCUGUACCAGAACUUCUCGUGCAACAUUAAAAACAUUCAGCACCACCAGAUCCUGGCUAUUAACCGAGGGGAGAAUCUGAAGAUCCUGACAGUGAAAGUCAACAUUCCCGACGGGGUGAAGAACGAAUUCUGCCGGUGGUGUGCCAACGAAAGGUGGAGACCCCUGGGCAACGCUAGGCCAGAGUUAAUAAAGAUCUUGCACGACUCCGUGGAAGACUCCUAUAAACGCCUUAUCUACCCCCUCCUCUGCCGGGAAUUCAGGUCCAAACUGACGUCGGAAGCGGAGAAAGAGUCCAUCAUGAUGUUCGGGAGAAACCUGCGGCAGCUGCUGCUGACCAGCCCCGUCCCCGGCCGGACCCUGAUGGGAGUGGAUCCAGGCUACAAGCACGGUUGCAAACUGGCCAUCAUCUCUCCCACCAGUCAGAUCCUCCACACCGACGUGGCCUACCUCCAUUCGCGGCAAGGAAACGUGGCCCAGGAGUCUGAGAAGAUAAAGAGGCUGUUGCUGAACUUCAGCUGCAGCACGGUGGUGAUUGGCAACGGCACGGCCUGCAGGGAGACCGAAGCUUACUUCGCCGACCUCAUCAUGAGGAAGUACUUUGCCCCUUUGGAUGUCGUUUACUGCAUCGUCAGCGAGGCCGGAGCGUCCAUCUACAGCGUCAGCCCGGAGGCCAGCAAGGAGAUGCCGGACCUGGACCCCAACUUGAGGAGCGCAGUUUCCAUAGCGAGACGGGUCCAGGACCCAUUAGCUGAGCUGGUGAAAAUUGAGCCGAAGCACAUCGGAGUGGGGAUGUAUCAGCACGACGUGUCUCAGACGCUGCUGAAGGCCACUCUGGACAGCGUGGUGGAGGAGUGCGUCAGCUUCGUGGGAGUGGACAUCAACAUCUGCUCAGAGACCCUGCUCCGGCACAUUGCAGGGCUGAACACCAACCGAGCCAAGAGCAUCGUCGAGUGGCGGGAGAAGAACGGGCCCUUCGUCAACCGUGAGCAGCUGAAGAGCGUCAAAGGCCUGGGCCCCAAGUCCUUCCAACAGUGCGCCGGCUUCAUCCGCCUCAACCAAGACUACGUCCGGACCUUCUGCAGCCAGCCAGCCAGGACCACCACCACGGGGGCCACGGAGGGGAAGCCGGGAAAGAAGAAGAGCAAAGCGGUGGGCAGCGGGGUCCUGCAGCCGAACCCCCUGGACCAGACCUGCAUCCACCCGGAGUCGUACGACGUAGCGAUGAGGUUCCUGGCCUUCAUCGGCAGAAGCCUCCAGGACGUCGGGAAGCCCCAGUUGCAGGAGAAGGUGAAGGAGCUCCUCCAGAACGGGGCACUGCCAGGCGUGGCGGAACAGCUGGGCACCACGGCCCAGACUCUGCAGAUCAUCACCGACGCCCUCGGCCAGCCCGAAGGCUUCGACUUCCGCACAGAUUUUGACAAGCCGGAUUUCAAGCGGAGCAUCGUCUGCCUGGAAGACCUGCAAGUGGGCGCGAAGCUCACCGGGAAGGUGGAGAACGCCACUCUGUUCGGGAUUUUUGUGGACAUCGGCGUGGGGAAGUCGGGCCUGAUCCCCAUCCGCCACGUGACGGAAGCCAAGCUGUCCAAGACGAAGAAGAGGAGGAGCCUGGGCCUGGGGCCCGGGGAGAAGGUAGAGGUCCGGGUGCUCAACGUGGACAUUCCCCGCUCCAGGAUCACCCUGGACCUGAUUCGGGUUUUGGAGGCCACCCGCUGAGGACCGGACUGUGCCUAGAGGCUCUCGCGAAGGAGUGGGGCGAAGAGAGGGCAGGUUUGGCCACCGGUUCCCGGCGCCUUGGGUUCCUCCCACCCCCCUGUGUGCCAGGGUGCUGCCUGCUUGGGAAUCCAGUACCUUCAGCCGGUGUCCCUGGGCACUAAAGCACACAGGGUAUCCCCUCCCCGUGGGGGCAGGGGGGCCAAGGGACGGGAACCUGGAGAUACUCUGAGCCAAUUCUGCCUUCCCUCUGCUCUUCUCGUCUUCCUCCCCUCUUCUUGUCCACUUCCUCAGCUCUGCUCCUUUUCUUCCUCCUCCC